GAUCACAUAUUGAAGAUCGAAUCUAUCUUUAUUUAGUAUGAGGUCCCUCAGCCCCGUUCUGAAGUGACGACGUUCUUUUGGCUCGGGAACUGACUGCUUUCUCCGACGAAGUUCUGAUCUCCAGUCGACUUUGAGAUCCCCUCCCUAAAGACACGCCCUGUUCCUUCACUUCCACAGAAACAAACUUUCCUUUAACUUCUCCAAAGAUUGGAACAUCGCUGGUCAUCUGUUGGUGGUUGUAUUUGCUCAAUUUGAUUUGAACUUGGAAGCUCCAUGUGUCUGGAUAUACAUUUGUGAAUUGUAAGAGUUGGGAUUUAUUGAUAUGGCAUCUCGGCGCCAUGUUCGUUACAGCCCUCUCCCUGGAGAUGACGAGGGGGAAUACGACGGUGAUAGGGAAUAUGAUCCUCGGUUCAUGUACACUCCCAGGUCCUUUGAUAGGGUUCCAUGGAAGUCUAUUGCCCUUGCACUCUUCCUCCUCUUUCUUGGAUCCAUACUGUUAUUUCUUUCUUUCUUCAUCUUCACAGGCCACAUGGGUGGUGAGCGGUCCCAGGCUUAUGGCCUCUUAAUGCUUGGAAUCCUCACCUUCCUUCCAGGCUUUUAUGAGACGCGAAUUGCUUAUUAUUCAUGGAGGGGUGCUGAUGGCUAUCGGUUUUCCUCUAUUCCCGGUUACUGAGUGGGUCUUUCACCACAUUCUAUAUGUAGAGAUGUGAUUCUGGCUACUUCUAAUGUGACUGCAAUAUGACCUGAACAAGAAACUCAUCUUGAUCACGGAGAGCAUACGUCUGUGUGCUAUUUUUAUCACGAGUGCAGGAUGCUUGUCAUGGAUGUUUACAUGUUUCAAGGCAGUCUUUGUUAGGGUGAUGGUGUUUUUAUACAACGUUGAUUGAGAUUAUAGAAAUAGAUGGGGCUUUGUGGUUGGAGAAUAAAAUAUCAGUUUCCCAUGACACAUGCAGAAGUUCCAUGAUUCCAUCUAACUGCUGCUCCAUUCCAUUUUAUUUUCUGACAAUUGUCAGGUCAUGGCAUGUGGUUAGGGUUUUGGGAGUUGCAGUGUUGCAAAGGAGCCAAGCCUUUGGCUCCAUUCUAUGGUUUGAAACUUUGAAUGCGUGGUACACUAAGCUUGAGUAUUUAUUGGUGCCCUCUCCCUCGGCAGUAAGCAUGAUAUUGGUAAGAGGGAGUGGUGUAAAGUAAUGAGCUAUUACAAGAACUUGAAAAUCAACUUCCAUUUCCAUUCA